AUGAAGGUUAGUGCAGCAAUUACAAUUGUUAUUCUUAUGUUUUUGGGAAUGGCCAUCGCUUUACCCAAUCUCCAUCACGUUCGCUUUGGCAUGGAUGAAUUUUGGCCACUUAGUAUGGGAAACGCCACCGAUGUGCUGCCUUUGUCCACAAAUUUAACGCAGAUACAACGACUUCGCUGGGCCGACAAAUGUGUGCAGUUUAGAAAUAAGUGCUCGAUGGCAGAGCACUGCUGCAGUCUUCGAUGCCUGAAACGUGUUCAUCGAUGCAUUACUUAGACUUCUCAAAACUUCUUUAGAAACAU